GCCCAAUACUAGGAAGAAAAUAAUGGAUACAGCGAUUCGACGUCGUAAAACUGUUCCCGGGACAUCAACCGCGGCAUCAGUCCCUGCCAACCAACCUACUCGGCAGUCCUCAUGGAGGUCCAAGAUUGUAUUGGCUGGAUUGAGUAUCACAGCUAUUAUUGCCGCUUACCAGUACUUUACACCCAGUCGUGCUCCAACCGUUCGACAGCGACGUGCUGUUACUCCGGUGAGGAGGGAUGGAGGGACGGUCGGAUAUACCUGCGAUCCAACAGUAUGCAAACUGCCGAAUUGCUUUUGUCCGAGUCGAAUGCCCCCAGGUGGCCUUUCGGUUUCCAAUACCCCUCAAUUUGUAUUGCUCACUUUUGAUGAUGCUGUGAAUACCGUUACAUACCCUCUCUCCACGGCCGUGACAACCUCCAAAAACCCAAACGGGUGUAGAAUGGAUGCCACCUACUAUGUUUCGACCAUGUAUACGGACUAUCAUCUAGUGCAAAUGUUAAAGGCCGCGGGACAUGAGAUUGCGAUUCAUACCAUGACGCAUCCCGGAAACGCCGGCUUGGACGAAAUUGACGGAUGCCGAAAGGCACUCAGAGCAUUCUCUGGCGUCGAUGGCAUAACAGGUUUUCGCGCGCCGUAUCUGCAAUACAACAUGAGCACCUAUCAAGUUCUUCAAGAUUUAAAAAUCCUUUACGAUUGUUCAAAUCCAGCCGAUCCUAGAACGGCUCCGUGGCCAUUUACUUACGAUAACGGGUUUCCCUAUGUUUGCGAAACUGGCGAUUGCGAUUAUACCAGAAAGUUUCCGGGUUUGUGGGAAGUCCCUAUGUACUCACUGGUAGACCAGAGUACAGGGAUGGAAUACACUGUCAUGGAUCCGCCUGGAACACCAGCCUUUUUGAUGCAGCUCCUUCAAUACAACUUUAAAUUACAUUGGGAGAGUACGAGAACGCCUAUGGGGUUAUGGAUGCACCCCGCCUGGUUUCUUCAGGAUCCCGAUAAUGACCGUGUUGCCCUUCUCAAUAAUUUUAUCCAAUGGACACGGGAUUACACCAACAACCAAGUGUGGUACAUUACAGUUGAAGAGCUACUGACAUGGAUGCAGAACCCGGUGGGAUUGGAUAAGAUUGGAACUUCUCCCGCUGUCCAAUGUCCGGAACAAACUGUUGGCCCAGUGACAAAGGAAACAUGCAAUGGGCGAGAUGAUAAUCAGAAUGGUCAAACAGACGAAGGUCUCACCAUCCGCUGCAACCUCGGCUUGUACUCGUCCGAUACUUGCUUCUUUUGUCCAGUCGAGAACCCUUCCCCAUCCAACCCCGUUCCAGCUUCAACAAACCAAACUCUUCCAGGGACAGGUUGCGAUAAUGCGCCCCCAUCAGGAGGCUGUGUACAAGGCACUUGGCAAAACUGUAAAUGUCAGUGCAUUGGUGGUGAUGAUGUAUCAAGGAAUGGAUUUUGCCCGGAUGCUACUGGAGCUUGUACCAUUGUUAAAUCGUACGACUAUGUAAACAAAAUGUUUUUAUGUCCUGGCCAGGCUAUUCCGACGUCAACCCCCGGAGGUACCGCCAGCACCAGUAAACCGGCAUCUUCUACCGCUCCAGCCUCUUCUACUCCGCCAGCGUCCACCACCCCUUCCUCUACUGCCACCUCAUCUGGAUCAUCGACCAAGCCGACCACGACGGUACCUGGAUCGUUCGAAGAAGGUACCAAAUUGCCGCCUGGUUCUGUGUCUGGCAGUGGUCGAUUGAUGAUCAACAUCCCUUUGAUGGCAGUCGUUGCUCUGGGAUGGUUCAUGUUGCUCUGACGCUAUAUAUAGGCUCUCAAUUUCAUUCCCCUUUGAGAAAAAGGGCCAUGGUUUUUUAUCCAACCAUAAUAUAUGGCAGUCAAGUAUGACCAAAGCCA